CGUAUGAGCCAUCGCCUCUUUUUUGGCCGGAACAUUAUCCAUCUCUCAGCCUACGCUAUCCUUUUUCACUGCUCCCGGCGAUCCGCCAUUCUCAAUGCUCUCACCAUUGCACUCGCUCCUCUCCCAGGCGCCAGAUCCCGCCAUGGGGAUACGGGCACCGCCACACCCACGAAACCGCUCCCCUUACUCUCCCCUUCGGUUGCCGCCACCGCGUUCCGUGGCGCUGGCCGCCCCCACGCUCUCCGCCACCCCACCGGCCGUCUCCUCCUUGCCCCCUCCCAAGAAGAAGGUUCUCGUGCCAAUUGCCAUGGGCACGGAGGAGAUGGAGGCGGUCAUCCUCGCCGGAGUCCUCCGGCGGGCCGGCGCCGACGUGACGCUUGCCUCUGUUGAGGACGGCCUUGAGGUGGAGGCCUCUUGUGGCUCACGCAUCGUCGCGGACAUGCACAUUGCCGCCUGCGCUGACCAGGUGUUCGACCUUGUGGCUCUUCCGGGAGGAAUGCCUGGUUCAGUGCGGUUGAGAGACAGUGAGAUUCUUCAGAGGAUCAUGGUUGCACAGGCUGAGGGGAAAAGAUUGUAUGGUGCUAUAUGUGCCGCACCAGCUGUUGUUCUAAUGCCAUGGGGCCUCCACAAGAGAAAAAAGAUCACCUGUCACCCAUCUUUUAUAGGAGAUCUGCCAACAUUUCGAGCUGUUGAAUCAAAUGUUCAGGUCUCAGGAGAGCUCACUACGAGUCGUGGGCCAGGCACAACAUUUCAGUUUGCUUUAUCAUUUGUUGAGCAAAUGUUUGGCCCUGAUGCAGCUGAAGAUGUGGACAGAACUCUGAUGACACAAACUGAUGCUGAUCUUGAAAGAAGUACAGAGGUCAAUGAACUUGAGUGGUCUUUUGAUCACAGUCCUCAUGUUCUCAUUCCAAUUGCAAAUGGGUCUGAAGAGAUGGAGAUCACAAUUUUGGUGGAUAUUUUAAGACGGGCAAAGAUAAAUGUGGUAUUGCAAUCAGUCGAAAAAUCUCCAAAUAUUGUUGGAUCUCAAAGGAUAAAGAUUGUUGCUGAUAAAUGCAUUAUGAGUGCCUCUGAUUCAAAAUAUGAUCUAAUCGUUCUCCCUGGAGGACCUGCUGGAGCUGAGAGGCUGCACAGAUCCAAAAUUCUGAAGAAGUUACUUAAAGAACAAAAGCAAGCUGGCAGAAUGUAUGGUGGGAUCUCUUCUUCUCUGAAGAUCUUGCAGCAGCAAGGUUUGCUCGAGGAUAAAUCAGUGACAGCUGAUCCUGCUAUAGUCAAUGGUCUCACUUGCCAAGUUAUCGACCAAUCAAAGGUUGUAAUUGACGGGAAUUUGAUUACCGGGAAGGGGCUUGCGACAGCCAUUGAUUUUGCCCUUGCUAUUAUCAGGAAAUUUUUUGGCCAUGGACGAGCAAAAAGUGUGGCAAAUGGAAUAGUUUUCGAGUACCCUAAGAGUGAAACACCUAGAAUUGUUGAUACUACGAAAUGUGCUGAAAGGAGACACUGAUUCGGUUGUACUAUAAGGAUCUUGCAGAAUCUAUGCUGCUGAUUGACAGUUAAUUGACACUUCUUGGGUCAGCAAAGAUUCCUCUAUUACUGCCUUGCUCGACAGCUAGGCUGAAAUCAUCCACUACAUAUGUUGGGAUGGACCAAUUUCGCAUUCAGAAGAGUCAGUGGUGGUCAAUUCACCUCCUUGGUAUGAUCUGUUGGCAGAUAAAUGACAGAGGUAGAUUGCUUACUGCUAAUGAUCACCUUCGGUAAGCUGACAUUUUAUAUGUGCUCUCAGAGGAAACCUUAUUGUCUCCAAUGUGACUGCAUAUGUUAGACAGUUUGGGGGGUUGCUUUCCUAGAGAUCUGAAGCUCUUCGAUGUUACUGGGUACCAUGUGCAAAUUCAUCUGGGAAGCUUAGUCUUAGCCAUCUAAUCCCAGGCCUCCUGCUUCCUGAGUUUCAGGCUCGCAAGCUAACAACGGAUCAAGUUUUGUUUCAGUUUUGAACCUCUUUGCAACAGUUUUUAAUUCAGAAAUCACUUUGACUUCUCUUUCUGUUUAUUAUUGAUGAAUUAUGUCUUUUUAAUUCGAUGAA